GCUUCAGAACUUGAUUAAAAAAAUGAGGUUAAUAGGGGAUUCUGUAAAAAGGCUGGGAGACACAUCCUUAGAAGAAACUGGUGACUACUUUGGCUCACACUCCCAGCUGCUGGCAGGAAAGAUGGGGGUAAAGAGAGAUGUGGAAUUGCGUUUGAAACAGGUAUUGGCUUGUGUGGAAUCAUAUGCCUUGAGAAAGCUGGAUUCAGAAGACAGUGCGCUGCACAGUGAGGACAGUGGCAUUGGGGUGGAGAAUGAGUUCCACAAUGGUCCGGUGAAAUGUUGCAGCCACCAGGAGAGAUCUGGAUCAGGAGCUAGCACUCAGUCAUCAUAUGGUUUUCCUGAAGGUAAUUUAUCAUGUCAGGCCUGUGUUAAUGUGGAUGAGGAUGACGAUGUUGACAAAGUUAUUGACGCUGAAAAUACCAAUAAUGAUGAAGAGCCAAAAUAUGAACAAAGUGAUUUGACAGACCAAAAGAUGUUUAGUUGGUCCCAGGAAGACCCUAGUCAGUAUCCACUCCAAGUCAAGCAGCAGAUCAACAAGAAAUCAAAUAAUAGGACCUUUGAAUGGAGUAAACAAAAAGACCGAAACAUCAGACGACCCAAAACUGCAGAUGAUAUAUCUGUAUCUUGUCAAAGUAAACAGACAUCUAUUCAUUUGUGGGGUGCACAGCGAUCACAAUCAGCAGAUUGCUUAUGUAGAACAGUGAAAUAUGACACAGUACAAGGAAAGAACAGAUUUCCAAAUGAUAACCAGAAACCUGAAUGGACUACCAAAAGAAAAAAUCCAUCACAAUUCUAUUGUUUCCAAAAUGGAAACAAUGACCAAUUUAAGCUAGGGCUAACACCUAGCUUGACUGCAUUUGCACCUGUACCCCCUGGCAAAAAUGCUGUCAAACGGCUCAUUAAUACAUUUAGUCAUGGGGCUUGUGACAAUUCUAACCAAAAGCCACUUAUUGGGACCUCAAGGUUUAGAGGAAAGAAAAAGAGCUUUUUGCCUGUGCUAACCAAUUGCAGGGUGGGUGUUUCCUCCAUUGUCAACAAAAAUACCAACAGUCAUCCACUUGAUGUAGAUGUGAACAGCUUUCCACCUCCUCCUGAAUUACUGAUGGACUCCUUUGAAAAAAAUGAAGGUCAUACUAGUGAUGAAUAUGGCAAUGAAACCCAAAAUUCAAGGUGUUAUGUUUCUCAGAGUCCAGGAGCAACAAUGAAGACAGUAGCUUUUCUCCUCAGUCGGGAUAGUAUAUCAAGGGACACCCUAAAUAUUUUAGAGUCAUGUCCUAAUGGACAGGAUACUAAUGAUGAUAGCCAUCUAGAGCGAGACUGUGACCAGACAAAUGAGGAUGAAGACAAAGAAAAAAAUGAAGCAAUUGUUCUUUUCCAGCACUCUCAAACAAUCAAUCAGAUGUGUCAUUCUACUGACAUUUUAGCAAACUUGGGCCCAGGGGAUUGGGAUAAUAAAAUGUCUUUACCUGAUGGGGUGGGAGAAAUAGUAGGAAUGGGAAACAGGGACUCAGAUGAGAGAGAAGCAUCAAACGUUUAUUCUAGCAGCUACCCUCAAACAACUCUACCAGUCUCCAGAGCACAACUACCACCCUCAAGUUAUUCUACAUGUUACAGAGUUCCAAGUCCUACUCCUGUCAAUUGUCAGGGGGAGACAUCCAGAGCUUCAUUUACUUCCCAAAUCAAGAGACGGACCUCAAGAGACAGCAAUGACGAAAAUGGCUUCAUAACUGCCUCUAGUUCAAAGUCAUUUUAUGAUGCUCGCUCUGUGUUUUGUCACAAGAACCAAUCAGCCUCCCAGUGUGUCAAGCCAUCCUGUAGAUCUACAUUACCAAGACCAUGGGGAGAGUCAAAGAUCUCAAGAGAGAGACUACAAGCUACUUGCCCACCACAGACCUUCAGAAGGAGCAUACUUUUCAGGCCCACUCUUACUGACCACCAACUCUUGCUAUCUAGUGUCACAGAUCCCCACUACCAGGACAGUGAAUCUACCACUUUAAACAACGGGAGGAAAGGAUAUUUAGGUGAAAUCGCCCAGUGCUCAGAAAUCCCACUAAGCUGCUCAGUGUCUGGUUCGCAGGAGGCCGAGCACAAGAUUACAGAUAAAAGGGAUUAAAGCUUUUCUCUUUUUUACCAUUCUAAUUGUAAUUCCAGCUAAUUCUGAGAAGGGACAAUGAAAAAUAUUU